UCUGUUGAAUGUGGUUCCGCUCGUUUCUCGUCAUAAGUAACGGUUAGGUAAAAAAAACAUAUCGAGUAUCGUGGUAUAAGUUUAACUCGUAAAAAGCGCAUUUAAGGUCGUUUAAGUUGAAAAUAACAUUAUAUUUUGUACAAUAAGAGGGGAAAAAGCUGAACGGGAAACUCAUCUAAACGGAGUGACAAGAAAAUCCAGACGAGUGGCGCGUCUGUGCAAACGGCUCUCUUUGGUUGUAUGACGUAAUUGUAUUGAUCGCGGAAGAAGAGCCGAAAGUCGCGCAUUCGCCAUCUUGGACGAAUUGUGGAAAAGAAGUAUCUGUGUCUCGCAGGCGCGGUACACUUGUAACAAUUGUAAUCCGCGGCGAUCCGAACAUUAAUUAGUUUAACUGGGAAUUAACCCUUUUGUGAAUUAAAAACCCAUUUGGACGGACCAAGACAAAGGGUUCGUUCUUUGGGUCUGAUUGGUACUAAAUGGUUGCCUGCAGACAGCAUGUCUACUCUGCCAGGGCUUGUGUCGAAGGGGGAGAAAGGAAAAUCCAAGUUCCAAUCAUUAGAUAUCAAUAGCUUGUACCGGGAGUAUAGGGGAGAAUCUUUGGAACAACAUCAACAGAAAAAUACAUUACCGCGCAAACAUGGAAUGCAAAGUCUUGGAAAGGUGCCUUCGGCACGACGACCUCCUGCUAAUCUGCCUAGUCUGAAAAGCGAACAUAGUAGUAACGACCCAGCUGUCAGCCUUGUACCAAGCGGAGGGAGUGGCUGGGCUACUACCAAAGAUUCGACAGCGACAACUACUACUGCUACAACUACAACUGCUAUAACUUCAUCGGAUACAGCUACUUCAAAUUCUUCAUCCGCGCAAUGUGUAGCGGGAACUGCCGUAACAACAUCGCUGCAUCCUUUACUCCCAGGACAACAAAACAUUUCUCAGCCUUCGUAUUCUUCCGAUGCAAACAACAAAACAUGGAGUGCGAUAAUGACCAGAUCCGGACCGGAUGGCGCUGCGUCAGGAGGUCAACCACAUAUGCAACAACAGCAAUCGACAAAUCGAGAAAUAAGUGCGCAGUACGGACCCGGGCCAAGUUUAAGACCACAAACAGAAGGAAGUUGGAUACAAGGUGGAAGUCGUACACCCAGUGGUGCAGGAUUAGGAACUGCUGGUCCCGGAAGUGGGACCACUUCAGGGGUCCAGGCCCCCCCGUUGAACAUUGCUGCACCGGGAGGACAUGCCGACAUGUCUGGCGGCGGACGACAGAACUUGGCCCAAUCUCCCAACAUGGCUAUGGCCCAGGGAGGCCCUCAUAAUGCUUCGAAUAAUCAGAAUGCUUUGAAUUCUGGUUCUCAGCAAGUUGGUCAAAAUCUACAUCACUACAGAGGACUUAUUCCUCCAUUCAUGUAUCGAGGAAACUUUUCUGGUGGGUUGCCUUCGCAGUUUCCAGCGAACACUGGUCCCGCUACGGCCGCUAGACCGCGAGUUAAUUAUUCCUCGGAACGAUUCCCUCCUCCGCCUUCCCGUCAACAGGAACGCGACCGCGUUCCGGAAGAAGAAAUUAUUACCCGACCAAUUAUCAAAGAAGAGGAUCUUACACGAAUGGACGACAUUUCUCGCGACGCCGGUUGGGCGGCACACGAUGACAUCGAUUAUAAUAAAAAGCUUACGUUUAGCGACGACGAAGGCGAUCUCGAACCAUCUAAGAAAGAUGAAAGGAAAGAUAGUAAAGAAGAGAAAAACGAAGAAAAUUUACCAGAAGAUAGAGAUAAAACUAGGGGGGAUAACCGUGAUAAUCAUGAUAAUCGAGAUUCCAAAGAAUCACGAGAUCAACCGACUCAUCGGCCAUGGACUCAAAGCUCUUUACCUCGCGAUUACCGUGGAUCAAAUGGUUCUGGCAAUUACAGCGGUCAGUCGCAACUACACUCGGUGCAUUCUUUGAGAGGCGUGGAAGACGAUGAAGGAUGGAACGAGAGACGCAGAGUAGUAAGAGUGGAGGUUGCGUCUGUUGCCGAGCGUGCCCAACAACGCAAAGAGGAGGUAGAAAAAAUGUUCGAGGAAUCGAGUAGGCAAGCCGCAGCUAAGAAACUGCAGGAUAUGCAGCACAAGUUAAAAGAGAAACACGCCAAGUAUAAAGAAGAGGAACGUGGGCAAUCAAACGAACCGAAAGGUUUGAUAAGUGUUCCACCUGUUCCGAUUCCGGUUCCCGAAUGGGAGCGCGAAAGGGAGAAUAGAGAACGAGAACGGUCUUGCACUGUAUCUUCCGAGGGUAAAGACGAAAAGUCUUUGGUCCGCGACUCGCGCGAAACUAGAGACGGUUCUAAGUAUGGCAGAGACUCUCGCGAUCAGCUAAUGUCAGAUUUCCGACAAAGCGACCGGCAGAAUUUUAUGAGACAAGAUAAUACAGCGCGUAACGAGCGCGAAAGGGAACGCGAUCGCGACCGUGACCGCGAUCGUGAACGCGAACGUGAUCGCGAUCGUGAUCGGGAUCGGGAUCGGGAUCGUGAUCAAAGAGACACAAGGGAUCGCGAACAUUUAGGGUUCUCGCGUCAUUUUCAAAACAAUUUACCGCCACGUUUUCAAAAACAACAAGCGGAGAGAGGCAAUGCUGGUUUCAAUCGUAUUUCGCCUAACACCGAAAGGUCGUCAGCCCAAUCUGUCUCAUUCUCCCAGCAAUACGAACCUGGUAGAUGGCCUCAUAGUCAUAACUCCUUAAUAGACAACAGCUUGAAACCGUCGCAUGGCGGUGCCCCGUCGCAACGCCGGAGUAGAACAGACUCCGAUAUUUCUACUUCCAUGGACGACGAUCGACCUCCGUCUCGAGAUUAUCGUGGACCGCUUCUCCGAGACGAUCGAUAUCGUCACUCCUCGCAUCGACCUUACGAUGGCCGACGACCUUACGACGACUUUAUCCGCAACUAUAGAGAACAUGACUACGAGGAUGGGCAUUCUCGCGAUUCCUGGGAGCGUGAAAGAUAUUUCGAUGAUAAAGAUCGAGACUCAAAGGACAAUCUAGAAUCGAGAGAGGUCAGAGAAAGUCGAGAUGUUCGCGAUAGUCGAGCGAGUAGGGAUAACCGAGACGCGAGGGAAAACAGAGAAAGGGAUAACAAAGUUAAGAAGGAGUACGACAAUUAUUUGAAGGACUCUUUCGAUGAUCGUGAACGUGAGCGUGAACGGGAACGGGAACGGGAACGGGAACGGGAACGUGACCGCGAACGAGAUCGUGAUCGCGAGCGUGAGCGUGAACGAGACCGCGAUCAGAGAGAAAGAUCGGAAAGUACGGAGUGGCGCGAGGAACGUGUCAUACAAGACAGAUCGGUCGAUAAUCGUCGCGAUACUCAACGAGAAGACCGAAUGGAACGUAACGAACGUCCACAAAGACCAGACUCUCGCGACAGUCGUGCUUCUCGCGAAUCGAAGACGUCUCUACGCGAAGAUGAUUCGCACAAGUUGCGCGAUUGCAGUUCAUGGGUGAACGAAGUUGCCGACUACGAAGAAAAUAAGCGUGAUACGUAUCACGAGGAUACCCGGGAACGAGAACGAGAAAGGGAUAGGAGACAGCCUCUCGGACCCGUGACGAAAGAGAGAAUCGAGGCGGACGAAUUGAAAAGUGAAAAACGUAAUUUAACUCAAUUGAAACGAGCUAGUUCCGAACAAGAUAAGAAGGAUCAGGUAAAGGAGCCUUCCGCGGAAACUAAGAAAGAACCGGAUAUUUGGAGCAGAAAAGCCGAACGAGCAAACGAUAAUAAUAGAACAAUGGAAAGGGGUGACAAUUCACCGAAAGCAUGGGCCGAUGCUGUUUCUCCGACGUUCGAGAAAGAAGAAGAAAAAACAUUAGAGCCUAUGAAAAACGAGAAGGACGCGGACGAUUUAAAACAGAGUUUCGACAAGUUAAGCCUGGAUAAAAGGGAGGAUACUAUGAACGAAGACGCGACGGAGCAACUGGCGAAAGAAGAGAAGCGAGAGAAAAGUAUUCGAAAUCGAACUAGCAGCGGAGGAUCGAAUUCUAGAGGCCGUGAUUCUCGUGGAGGGCGCCAGUGGGGAAGUACUUGUAGCGUGUACACUCGAGGUUGGCGUGGUUCGGAGACGAGAGGACGAAGAGGUGGCUCUAGGACUGCUGGCAGACCAGCAUCGGCUAGAAGCGGUUCGUAUAGACAUACCGAUUCGGAAAAUAGCGCCGACGAGGUAUCUUGUUCCACCGAAUCUGGCAAGGAAGAGAAGAAAUCGGUCAGGUCGCCGAAACCAAGCCAGAAGGCUGAAAAAGAGGAACGUAAUCGCGAGGUAUCCGGCAGAGACGAGAAACGAGCCGAUUAUUCUCAGUCGCAACGUAGCGAGAAGCGAGCUUACGACAGCAAAUCCAGCCGCGAAGGAUUUGCCCCAUCGGGCGAACCUUCUCGUCGUGGUCGAGGCAGUUUUCGAAUUCGAAGCGCGACCAGUACCGGCAGCCGUAUGGAAGGAUACGGACCACCGUCCAGUAAGAGCCCUUUCUCAUCCGAACGCAGUUCCGAUGAAAAACCAAAUCCCACGCGACAGAAUCCGCCGACACCUACUCCGGAAAAGGAAUCGAAUUCCCUGGUGUCCUCGCAGGUCGAGUCUACCGACGAUAAAAUUAUAGCGAAGCAACAGGCACUCACCGCUGGAAUAACCGGGAAACGUGCCAAGUCCCCGACUCAACAGUCCUCCCAGCAGUCUCAACAGACCCAACAACCUUGCAACAAGCAGCAAGACGUUAAUCACGCGAGCAAUAACGUUACUUCUCAAAAGGUACAAGUCCGUAAAGAAGAAUCGCGCUCGAAGAGAACUCGCAGCGGUAGCAGAAGGGGUAGAGACAAUCGCGAACCACGUUAUCGCGGGAGUAGCAGCAACGUGUUGAAACAAACCUCUUCGGACGUAGGAAACGAAGAUUGGGAAACCACGUCGGAGAACAGCGAAGAACACGUGGAAGACCACAAAGAGUCUCGUAGCAGUCGCACCAAACAGUUUGCUGGGCGCGUAGGUUCGGGUAGCAGUUUGAACGCUCUCGGAUCGAACAUACAUUCUCGGAGGAACGAGCAGACCGGAAAUAAUCGUGAACACCGUGAAAAGAAUUUAAAGUCUUCCAAUGCAACGUCUCGAGCACCUGGCGCGGAAAAGCGAAACUUGCAAAAUUUGGAUUUCAGCAACCAGAAAAGUCAUUCUUCUAGCAUUCCGCCGCUGAUGCAAACCGCUCAAGUUCAGAACGGAAGAUCGAGAAGUCAAACUUCUGGAAAUAAUUCAACGAUUUUGAACAAAUCGACGAUAAAAGAAAGCACGGUAAAUCGUAUAGACGAAAUUAAAUUGACCGACCCGAAUUUGGUCAGUCAAGCUCUCAACGAUAUCAACAAAAAGUCACAGAUCAAAGAAAAGAAGACGACGAUCGAAUGUGAAAUAGAAACGAAUAAUUGUACCGAGGAUGGAUCCACUGUUACGGAAGAUAAGGUCGAUUCGGAUGGUUUUCAAGAAGUUCGUUCGAAGAAAAACGUGAAGGAGUCUAGACAUAGCCAAAAGGAAGAAUCGAAGCCCAUUAAACGCGAGAAAGAAAAAGAUAGAGAACGCGAUCGUUCGAAAUCGAAAGCGAACGGCUCGCAACCGACUUCUUUGCAACAGGUGCAAAAUAUACCACCUCACUUGAGUCAAUCGAUUCUACAACCUGCAAAUAUGUUGCAAAAACAGUACGACAGAGCUCAGAGAAGUCAAAAACUUCCUCCUAGACUCCAGAGACAGCGUUUAUCGAAGCAGCAACAACAACAACAGCAGAUGUGCCCAUCGGAGACGAACGAUUCGAACAAGGUCAACCCCUCGAACAACAGCUAUGGCAAAGAUUCGUCGAGCGGUCCUGCCCCUCCGCCAUCCGUUAACGCUUGGGAUAAACCGUUUACAACGAGCCAGCUACGAUCGAAUUCCCCAUCGGCUGUUCCUACGGACAUUCAAUUAAUGCCAGGCUUGUCUACGCAAAAUGAUCACAGUCACGAAGUAAACGAGCAAGCAAAUUCUGGAAAUAGCAGUCAACGAAAUUCACCGAACGGUGAAAAAUCCGGGAAGAGUUUAAAAGAGCAGCUCGUGGAAAAGAAUUCUGUUUCCGAUGUUUCUUCACCUCCAGUGCAAACGUUAAUUUUCGAGAACACAAAUUAUUCGAAAACUACCAAGGCUGGUCCUUCCGACCUGGCGGUGAAGACCAAGUUUCCGAAUCACAUAAAAACUCAACAGCAGCGCGUUGAAAAACGCGCGGAUUUGGAAGAGGAAGGUAACGCGACCUCUAUGCAGCAACAGCAACAGCAGCAGCAGCAACAACAACAACAACAGCAACAACAACAAAGCCUCCCUGUCGCGUUUUCAAAUAAACCAAACGAUUUGAUGAAAGACAAGAGUCAAGAACCGAUUCAGAUGCCUCUCUCCUUUAACAAAAACGAAGAUAACGCCGACAUGAAAUUGGACUUCACCUUCGAUUCGGAUCUGUCGCAAUUGACGGAUGACAAGAGCAAAAGCUUAGGAAUGACACGCUCCAUGCACAUGGCUGCUGGCCAAAGUACUAUUUCGCCCUCCACUGCGGAGCUCAAUUUAAAGAUCGCAUCGGUAAAGAAAGUUUGGGAAAAUGCGACGCCUAUGCCAACGGUGGUCGAACACGAAGAUGGCAAUGUUGUUAGUAGCGGUAAUACUUUCCCCCAGGCGUUCGAAAGUACGGAUGUUGACGAUAGUUACAGUCCUCAUCAACAGUACAAUCAAAAUAACAUGAAAAGUGAAAUAACCACUUCUACGAACGUGUGCAAGCUGGUUCCCCCGCAGGUGAAGCCGCAGCAACAAUCUUCGGGUAGCAGUAGCGGUCAAUCUGGUUCGACUGUUCCUGGUCCAAGUCCUAUCGGAGCAGGUCAAAGUCCUAUCGGUCACCCACCUGUUAGUCAUCAAGGACCAUUGAGCCCACCUCCGUUUAAUUCCACCGGACAACCCUCUCGCAUAAAUUAUCAGGAAUUUCCUCAAUAUCCCGGCUCUCAAGCAGCACAGUACGGCAGCAUGUCUGCUAUACCCUCUCCGCCAGCCGUGUUAUUUAAUACAGGAUCUGGUCAACUACCAGCACAAGCAGGAGGUCUUUACGGAGCAUUUCAGUUGGAUCAGAGCCGGUCUCCUUUUACGCAGUAUCCACCAUACGCGCCAUCUCUUCAAAGCUCGUUCAGCCAGCAAAACGUCUACUUGCAGCAAGCUGCACCACCGCCGCCACACGCGGCAAAUGCACCUACCCCGGAUAUGUAUCAAAGCAAUAUUUCCCAGUAUCGCAUCACCGCAGCUGCUGCUCCGCCUUUCGGACAAAACCAACAGCUCAGUAACAAUCCGAAUACAGUUCUUAUCAGUUCCUCGUCAAAUUCUUUGAUGUCGGCAAGCGUAAAGCCAUCCUCACAACCCAUCGGUGCUAUCGGAACGAAAGCUCCACAUUUUCAGGCGCCAUCUGUUCCGCAACCAAAUUCCCUAACGUACAUACAGUACGAUCCUAAUCAAGUACUGGACGUGAGUGUUAGUUACAUGGGCAAUUCCCAGUUGGUACAGAGACGUGGUCGAAAUGUCCAAGCCUCGGCCAAUAGUUAUUAUACCGCACCUCCACCUGAUGUAUUCCCCGGCUCGCAAACAGGUUUCUAUCAGCCAGGAGGCGCUACACAACAGACCGGCACUCAUUACGGAUUGCAGGGAUUCGGUCAACACAAUCAAAGUUUGGCAACCGGGAACGCUACCCCUGUUGGAUUACAAAACUUCAGUUCUGGCUUUCUAUCCAGUUCUGGAUUACAAAUUGCCGCGGCUGCUCAGCAAUAUCGCAAUCCUACGGGAGGCCUUCCGGGGCCGGCAAACGCGGGACCCAAUUUUCUUAGCAAGCAUCAACCACAGGAACAGCAAAGACAAUUAAAGAGCCCGUCGGGAAAUCAGCAAGACGUCCUUGGAUCAGUUUUCAGUUCCACGCCUCAAAUACCAUCUCCCAAGUCGAGAAAUUGUAAACAACAAUCCUCAUCUCAGCAACCACAGCCAAGUCCCACGCAACAUCACAAGUAUCAACAGUAUCAGGGAGUUAGUCAAUCUGCUCUGGUAAGCAGUUACAGUAACUAUGUUUUACAGCAAAACGUACGUGGUAUGGGUAUGCCACCGCACGCUGGUAUUCAACCGUCGCAACAACGAUAUCCGCCACCGAUUCAAAGACCAGUCGUUCCGUUCACGCCAGGCCCAAAUCCAAACAAUCCUACUCAGCAGCAGUCUAACUGCAUGCCGUCGCAACAACAACAGCAACCGCAACAAACUCAAAUUAAUCGUCACAGACCGAAUUUGCAUCAGCAACAGCAGCAGCAACGUAACAUGAAGAUACAACAGCACUAUUAUUCUGCUCAAGGAAACGUCAAAAUGGAUACCAGUGAAAAAACGGAUUCCCACAAUGAUAAAAUCAACGACAAUGGUUCCGGUGCUCAGCAAGGAAGCGCCAAACCAAACGUAAAUCCACAAGAUAACGACAAUAAGGAAGAAGUGAAUCAACAAAAUGAGUGAAUGUGAAAAAGACCGUUCGUUCUACCAUUUGAAAAAUACAGUUUUUGAUCACACACUGACAUGACGUCGAUUGAAAGGUAAAUGAUAACGAUUAACUUGUUCUCGUACACGAAAAAGACGAUGCUCUAAAUGAUAUUGUAUUUGCCAGUUUAACGAAGCUCGCGAACUUCGGAGUCGUAAUCGAUACUUGGCCAUGUCUAGUUAGAAUAAUUUAAUGAUGGCGCAUGAAAGGAAAGAAAAAUAGGUGAUAUUGUCAUUGUACACACCGAUGCUUCUCUGAAUUAACUGUGACGAGGUUGCGUUUCAUGAAUUCAACGAACAAAUCACGGUAUCGAACAUUCCUUUUUUUGUUCGAAAAAGUAUUGCAAACCUAAUUGCAAUACUGCAAUGAACGUCGAAAAAAAAAAUACAAAAAAAAACUAAUACACGAUAAAAUAAAUACGGUCGAUACAUCGGGAACAGGUUGGUGGCUUCGUCCUAAGGAAAAGGUUUCUGCGGAUUGUUUCAACAUUGCAAUGUUGGAAUUGCGACGCGUUGCUUAAUUCAACGUGCAAUCGGAAUCGAGAGAGCCAAAUGAUUGGACUGGUACGCACAACGUAUCGCUACUCGGUGUUAAUCGAUCGCCCCUAACAAUUAAUUACAUUGAAUAUGAAGAUAAUAAAUGUGCACAAGACUCGUAUUUCUGUAUAUGGACACGACGGCGGUCUGUGGUAUACGAUUAUGUAAAAGCCAGAUUUUUUCGGAAAAACGUAGUUCGACAAAAGUAUUGCACGACCGUCGCUACAUUUUCUAGAGUACCAUUGAUAUGGGGAAAAAAAAGAAAACGGAUGUCGAUAAAGAAGACUGUUUUAUGUAUAUCGAAAUUAUAAAUUACCCAUGCGGUGGUCUUAUAGAUCUUCAUGACGUUGUCCCUAAUACAGUGUGACAAGUAAAAAGUUCGUGUACAUUAAUCGUUUAUUGAUAUAAUGUGAGGUCAUGACGAAGCUUGUGAAAAAUAAAUAGUGCAACAAUUGUUUAUAGUUACUGAAUAUAUUAUCAUGACCUAGCCACGCUCGGAAAGAGUAUCAAUUAUAAGUAUAAUAAUAUAUGAUAUCGCUUGAAAAAGAAUACGAAACGCACUCGGUUUUUUUUGUGCGUAGUAAUAUUUCGCUAGGUCGCAGCACUGUCGCAACGUACAAGUUCUAGAAAAAGGAUUGUAUAUUCUCUGCUUUCGUUGCGGUUCAAGCAUUACAAUAAUUAUUAUAUUACUAUCAUUAUUAUUAUUAUUAUUAUUAUUAUUAAUAUUAUUAUUAUUUUGUUUGUAAUGUUGUCAUCAAUCAUCAUCAUUAUUAUUAUUAUUAUUUCUAUUGUAUUACUAUACUAUAUCAUAUAAUAUUAUAUUACCGUCAUCGUCGUUAGUACUGCCGCUGCUACUAUUUACUACCUAUUUACCACAACUAUCAUCAUUUCAUUAUAGUUACUACGACUAUUAUCAUAAUAAUCAUCGUUGUCCACGUCAUCAACAUUAUCAUUGCUACUAUUACUACUAUUAUAAUCAUGAAGCCAAUGAAAAUAAACAGUAGUAUUUACAGGAGUUCAUCUUUAUUAGUUUUAUUAGGACAACGGAUAUAUAGUCAUUCAAAACAAGUUUAGUAGGGAAUUCGAUACAUGUUAUCAGAGAAUAAGGAAUGAAAGGAAGAAUCAAUAUGCUGCCAGCUCUAUUGUCGAUCGCGAUUUUCGAACUUUGAGUACUAUGUUGCGUAACAACAAAUUGGUACAAAUAAUGCAUGCAGAGUAAGAUGACGUUACUAACAAUAAAAGAAACGCUAACAGUUUUAACACCUUUAACAUGGAAAAGUGAUACGUUCGAUUACUUUUCUCUACCUAUUUUUAAACAAAUUUUUCAAUGGCCUUGAUUACACGCAAACUUGAACUACAAUAUCGUGGCUCGCGCUUGGUAAAAAAAUAUGACAUGGUGCCUUUAACAUACUGCCACACGAAUAAACAUCUUUUCCAAUCAUUUCGAAUGAUGUUAAAAAUGUAAUAUUUUAGGGAAAACAUAGUGAAAUUUUUAAGAAUAAUAAUAAGUUUCGGCGAUGCAUUAUUUUUUGUCUCUUUAUUUUUCUCGUCUCAUACGUUAGUAUUGUCAUUCAUCGCGCUACCAUCACUUUUAAUAGUAGUAUAGUCGUAGUAAAAGUAGUUGGCAAUAGCAGUAGUAGUAGUAGUUGCGGUGGUGGUGUAGCAGCAGCAGCAGCAGCAGCAGUAGUAGUUUAGUAAUAUUAGACGUAGUAGCAGUAGUAGUAGACAAAAAAAGAAUAGUAGCGCAGCUGUUACUGUACUUAUCUACCAUUACUACUAAACCAUAACACUAUUAUUAUCGCUAUUGUUACUUUACUAAUUACUACUACUACUGCUACUAAUGCUGCUGCUACUGCUACUCCUACUGCUACUACUGUUACUGUUACUGUUACUGUUAUUGCUACUGCUGCGUGUUAUUUAUUGCUACAGUAGUAUUAUUUCAUACUUUGUAAUGGUAUUGCUACGUUUAUUAUUUGUUUUCUUACAUUAAUCUGUAUUAUGUUAGAUUAAAUAUCAUCUUCAUUUCCACUAUCAUUUUUCAUUACAUAUCGUUUACAAUACUACUCCGUUCUUAGCGUUACCUCUACUACUGUUUAUUGACACGAUUACCACUAACCGUCGUCGCCGUCGGCCUCCUCUCCCUCCUCAUUAUCGUCAUGCGGUGUAAUAUAUGCUGCGUGAAUUUUAUAAUGCCAAUUUCACGUACUCACGGCUAAUAUAUUAGGCUAUAACUCUUAUACGAUCAUAAUUAAUCGUCGUUGUCAUUGUUUCCUUCAUAAUUGAACUGCAUUACUCUUGCAAGUGCACAUUCAGCGGCUGACGAGACGAAGAUUAAGGACAGAGACGAGUAAGUAAGAAGUACAGCGUCCGAUUGCGUGAAAGUAACUCGAAAUAUCGCAGACUCGAAUAUAAUCUGUUUAUCUAUUUACCUAUUAUCGCCAAUACGCGACGUAAUUUUUUUUCUGAAGUGUAUAUUAAAGAUAUCAAACUGGAUGCGGGCGCAAGGGUCUGUCUGAUUACUCAGACGAGAGGUGUAGUAAUCGUGAACAAAAUUUACCAUGAAAUUGUAAUAUACUGGUACAUUUAGACGUAAAAAAAAAAGAAACAAAAAGUAUGUACUGUUUUGUCGGUGACAAGUAUUUUCAAUUACUCAUGAUUAAUGUAAACUUUGAAAAUACUUUUCGUCUGUUAAAAAAAAAGCGAUCACGCUCAUAUGUAUCAUGUGGUGCGCGUGCGUGCGUGCGUGCGUGUGUGUGUCGUGAGCGCGUGUGUGUGUGCGUGGGCGUGUGUGUGUGUGUGUGGCUACUUGGCUAGUACAAAAACGUUAAAUGUGUGGCGGAUAUGAUGAGGAUAAUCAUUAUUAUUUCUGACAAUAUACACAUGUAUCGCUAUAUAUAUAUAUUUGUUUUUGUUUUUUUUUUUAAUUUAGUGUUACAUUCUUGGACACUGCGGAGAUACACUCACUACUGGGUUUUGUGCUGCGAAAGUAACGAAAUAAAUAUUGCGGUAAUCAUUA